AAUUAUUGAUUAAUGUGUAUUUGUCACAAUAAUAAAAUACUAACAAAGAUACGCAUACUAAUAAGCGAGAUUCUGUAUUCUGUAGAUUGUGAUGUAUGUAAAUGGUAUAAUUUUAUUGUAAAUGUGGUAACGAUUACCCUUUAUGUUUUCCUAAAACUUGUUUAAGAUUAACUCUAAUCUAACUAAUUUCUCAUUUACAUAGUGAUCCGUCCGUUUGAAAUAUACAAAGAAAAAUUAUAUUUUGGCUCGAACUUGAGUUCAUUCAACAUCGUAUGAAUUUGACUUCGGCAGAUAUGUUUAGAAAACACAAUUGAACCCAAAAAAUCUCGAUUAUAGUUAAUUCAAGACUGAAAUCAAGAAUUCAAAAUGCAGAAUACAUGUUUGAAAAUUUCUUACGCCUACAAUUUUUGAAGUUUGUGAACCGAGGGUACAAAUAAUAUCAGCUAGCUUUUUUCCAUUCAGUGGCCGACCGAAGUCGGAAACAGUAAAUAUAUUCGUGAUGCUUUCAUCUUAUGUAUUUUCGAUAUUUUAACUAAUAACAUGUUUGAUAUGUGUAUAUUUCGGUACUAAUUCGAACAAGGCGUGAUUCCUCAUCGUGAUUCUUUCAGUUUGCUGCGGCGUACAAAUACAAUACGUGUAUGCAUACGAUGCAUACAUACGACAUAUGUAUUACGUACAUGUAUAUGCAUGGAUGGAUACAUAUAUACUACGCUACCAUGCUAAGUGCCAACCAACGUCGCGUUGCGCCGCGUCGUAUUGGGUAGCGUCGUGGGUAAAAGAAUAUUCUAUUCUUUCAAAAAGAUGAGUGCUACACUUAGUUCAAGAGCUGAACAAUAUUUCUAUAGUAUAAAUCCCUUAGCCCAAAGAAUAGGAGAAGAUAUAACAGCUACCAAGGAAGCUUAUGAGGGUUUAUGGAACACAUUAAGCAUAGCAGAGAAGAAUCAAGCCAUUAAUGAGACCAUAAUUCAACCAGAAGUUGCAUUAAAGUAUACUUUGAAAAAGUCUGAUCUUACUAAAGAGUUACCAGAGUGGUAUCCAAAGCUACGAAUUCAAACUGGAAUGAAAUAUGUGAUUGAUGAAACUGGCUCUACUUUGAGAUGGCGUGAUGAACAUUCAGCUCCAUUCUCGUUUAUGACUCAGUCGCAAAUGAAUCUCAGUAUAACAGAUUCGACUGAAGACACAAAGUCCAAAUUAAUAAGGGCUCAAUUUGGGGAAUCGCCGCAUUUUUCAAGCCCCGUCAAACCGCAGCGAAACAAUUCAAACUCCCUUAACGACCCAUUCAGUUCAUCUCAUGCAGUCAGUCGAUUUCAGUCCGAUUGCUUUGCGAGCAAUAUUUUCGACGACGAACAGUGUAAUACCUUAUUAAACGGCAAUGUUGACAACGAUCAUUCCGAAAGUAUCUUUGCCAAAUUAAUGAACAAAACGACAUUAUUAAAAUUACAAAACAAUUUGGCAGACGAUAUGGAGAGCUUAGUUAGAGAGAGAGAUUCGGAUACUGAUAAAAGUCAAUCAAAUACGCUAGUAGUUAUGUCGCGUACAAAAUCGAGUGACAUUAACGAAUCAACGGCAUUGUUAGAGACGCCAAGCUCUUACAGUAGUUUCCAGUCUUCCCAAUUGAACCAGGAAGAGGAGGAUAGAUCUAUACCGAAAACUGGUUUCGAAUUCUUGGAUAAUUGGUAAAGUUUUUAAGACAGAUUUUUCGCGUAAUUACAUUCAUAUUGGUGCACUAUCAAUUAUUGAUACAAGAUUACGUUACGUAGUAUUUAUACAGUUUUAGUUCCUAAAAUGAAAAUGCCAUACCGGUAUAGAUUUUUUCUUGAAAUAUGUAUACCUCUUUUUUUUCUAUGAUGGUAGUUAUGAUCUCGCAUUAAAUUUUCGUGAAAUAAUUUUGCUAUAAAGAUGGUAUCGAUUGUAAAAGAAGCUAUGCAUAUUAAUAAGUUGUGCUUAACAAAUAUGCAUAGUAUAUGUAUGUAAAUUUUUCAUUGCUAUAGCUCAAACAUAAGUGUUCCGACGUUUUAUAUGUUUCUUUGCAAGCAUUUUACGAUGUAUUAUUACUAUAUAUGAAAUAUUUUAGUAGAAGUGUAUUGAGACAAAUAUAUAAAUAGUAUUUAACUGAAGACUGAAGAGGCUAUUUCACUUUAUUUUUAUGUUCAUAUUCAAUAUGAUUCGUUAAUAGUAUCGUUCGUUAAGUGAACAAUAAUGAAUUUUAUAUAGACUGCUAUCCAACUUCAAUAAUUAAGCAUAUAAUUUUUAUAGAAUAAUAACAAUAAGUGAGAAUAAUGCGUCACUGCUCUCUCUUUUUCUAAGAGACGAAAUAAUGAACAAAAUAAAGCAUGUGUAUGAGUCUACAUAACAUGGUUUGCGUUAGUGUGUGUUUAGAAAGAAUUUUGUAACUUUUAUUAAACGUACAUAUGUAUAUUAUACAGUAUUUUAGAAACAUUUAUUGUAAUGUUCAAAUACAUGAAUUCGUGUAUUGUGCAA